AGUCGGCUAAUCCAUAGCAGUAGAGAAACUUGAUGGCUACUUUUCCUCUCUGCAAAAAUGGAAUGUACUACAUCACUUUUAUUUCAUCUUUCCUCCAAUUCUACACUGGUUUUUAUCCAAAGCUUUGUGGCGCCACUUCUUGCUUCAGUUAAGAAGAAGUUUUGGAUUACUGGGUAACGAUGAUAAUUUAUUGUCGAUUUGAAAAGUAUCCUUUGGCCUUUACAUUGCAAUUUUUCAUGUGCUUUCUUCUUCUCUUGUCACUGUUAAGCUUCUUUUAUUUUCUUUCUUCAUUUUCCCCCUCAAAGAUUUGGUCUUUUUCCUUGUUUUCUUGUUUUCAAUCUUUCAUAUCUCCAAGCUUUUGAAAUUUCGGGUUCCCAGUACUUCGUUCUGCAUUCCAUAUCGCCUACUACUUCGUUUUGUGACCACUGAUCAAUUUGCCAAUACUCCUCCGGUUCUUGAUUUGAUAUACCUAAGUUCUGAACCGAAUUUUACUUCUUGCUCUGGUCAUGGGUUCAAGGGGGUUCUUGGUUUCAAUGUUCAUAUGCCUGUUUUUCCUGUUCCUGCCCGAAAAUUGUAUGGCCAGCGUUCAAAAUACAGGCAGGUUGGAACUGGGGUUCAUAGCUUCUCAGAUGUCUUGGAUAGACUAUAAUGGAAUGGUUCUGGUAUCCAACAAUUCGAAUUUCACAUUCGGGUUCCAACAAACAGAAGAUGUCACUUUGUUUCUGCUUGUGGUAAUGCAUUGGACCUCCCAAACUCUGGUUUGGUCAGCUAAUAGAGCCUCUCCAGUCCGGGGUUCUGAUCACUUUCUGCUUGAUGAUACUGGAAAUGCCUAUUUGCAAAGUGGUGGAUCCACGAUUUGGGCGACGAAUACUGGUGGCAAAGGAGUUUAUGCAAUGGAAUUGAGGGACUCGGGGAAUCUGGUUUUGGUGGGGAAUGAUAGUAGCAUUGUUUGGCAGAGUUUCAGCCAUCCUGUGGAUACUCUUCUGUCUAACCAGGAGUUUAUUGAAGGGAUGAAGCUUGUGAGCAGUCCAAACACCAAUAACUUGAGUUACUCCCUUGAAAUCAAGUCUGGUGAUGUGCUACUUUCUGCCAGUUUCAAACCUCCACAGCAGUAUUGGGCUAUGGGGAAUGACAACCGAAAGACCAUAAAUAAGGUUGGGGGAUCUGUUGUUUCUGCUAUCCUCGACGCCAAUUCUUGGAAAUUUUAUGAUAAAAGCAAGGUCCUAAUCUGGCAGUUCAUUUUCUCGGGAAUUACUGAUGCAAAUGCUACAUGGGUGGCAGUUUUAGGAGAUGAUGGUUUUUUAACUUUCAGUGUUCUUGGAAGCGCUGGACCUUCCCCAAUAAAAAUACCAGAAGAUGAGUGUGGCAGACCGGCAGCUUGUGAUCUGUAUUUUGUUUGUUUUAAAGGAGUCCAAUGUCAAUGCGCUUCAUUGCUUCCGUCUUGCAAACCAGGGACUGCUUCGCUGUGCAAUAAACCCGAGUCUGUAGACCUUGUUGAGGCCAGAGAUAGUCUUGGUUACUCUGCUCUCGGAUUUACUGUGCCCUCUUCAACGACUGAUUUGAACAGCUGCAAAACCUCCUGCCUCAAGAAUUGCUCAUGUGUUGCCAUGUUCUUUGACAACAGAACUGAUCAUUGUUUCCUGUUUAACCAAAUCGGAAGCUUACAAGGAUCAGUUAGUGCUGGUGAGUUUAGUUCCUAUAUUAAAGUCCUAAGUAGCCAUGGAGAUGGAGGGAGUGGAAAGAAACACUUGGCUGUUAUCAUGGUUAGUGUCAUUAUAACAGUACUUGUUAUCCUUGGCCUAGUUUAUGCAGGAAUUCGUUAUCACAAGAAGAAAACGGAGAAGUUACCUGAAUCUCCCGAGGACAGUUCUGAAGAGGACAAUGUCUUGCAGGGCUUAUCAGGGAUGCCUGUUCGUUUUACCUACAAAGACCUUCAAGAUGCUACUAAUAACUUCAGAGUUAAACUUGGACAUGGCGGGUUUGGUUCAGUUUACCUAGGAGAUCUUCCCGAUGGGACUCAGUUGGCAGUGAAAAAGUUGGAAAGCAUUGGCCAGGGAAAGAAGGAAUUCCGGGCUGAAGUUAGUACAAUUGGCAGUAUCCAUCAUCUCCAUCUUGUGAGGCUUAAAGGCUUUUGUGCUGAAGGAACUCACAAGCUUCUUGCUUACGAGUACAUGGUGAACGGAUCCUUGGAUAGAUGGCUUUUCCGGAAUAAUAAUGAAUUCUUGUUGGAUUGGGACACGAGGUUUAGUAUUGCACUGGGCACUGCUAAAGGUCUAGCUUACCUCCACGAGGAAUGUGACGUAAAGAUUGUGCAUUGUGACAUUAAGCCUGAAAACGUGCUACUUGAUGAUCAUUUCCAUGCCAAAGUCUCUGAUUUUGGUCUCGCUAAGCUUAUGACUCGAGAGCAAAGCCAUGUGUUCACCACACUAAGGGGAACUAGGGGAUAUCUUGCACCAGAAUGGAUCAAAAGGCAUGCCUUAUCCGAGAAGAUUGAUGUUUACAGCUACGGGAUGGUGCUACUCGAGAUAAUUGGGGGCAGGAAAAACUAUGACCCAUCACAAAGUUCGGAGAAAUCCGACUUCCCAACCUAUGCUUUCAAGAAGAUGGAAGAGGGGAAGUUGAAGGAUAUCAUUGACAUGAAACUUAGAAUCGAUGAGAAUGAUGAGAGGGCCGUGAGAGCUAUCAGAGUCGCCUUAUGGUGCAUAAAGGAUGACAUGUCCCUCAGACCUUCCAUGACAAAGGUAGUCCAAAUGCUUGAAGGCUUCUGCCCUGUAUUUGAACCUAUAAGUGAGGAGGGCACUUCAUCUGGAGCCUCAGCACCACCGGACUGCAACAGUGAUACUUAUAUGUCUGCUGUUCUACUAUCGGGGCCAAGAUAGGAAUUGAUACAGAUACGCCCUUCUUUGAUAAGUCAUUUUGUAUAGAUUUCGAGCUGAAAAAAUCCCAGACUUCCUUGCAUUAGAUCACUAGGAGAGUUUUGCCAUACCUAGCAAUAGUAAAGCUUGGAAUUUCAGUAAGAACUGUUUGUCUUGUAUAUGAAUAUAUCAUCAUGCAUCAGUUGACAUAAUAGAUAAAAAAGCCUUUGAUCAUUGAAUUCAAGAAGUCCUUUAUCACCAAACAAAACAUUGAAUAUGAAGUUCAUAACUUUUCAUAGUUUGUCUGCAUCUGAUGAGUAGGCUGCUUUAUUGCCUUCUUGAUUCAUUGAUGAUAAUUGCUAAGACAUGUAUAAACCAGGAAGGGUGGUUGUUGGUAAAAUUUAUGAAUACUGGUAAACAUAUUCAAUGUUUGA